UUCUUUAUCCAUAUAAGAUCUUUGUCUAUUCCCCAUGUCCACUGCAGCAUCGUUGUAAUCUUUUUGGUUGAGUGCAGGGCCGCAGUCGAAUCAGAAUCCCGGGUUGCUGCAGCAUUUCCAGGAAACCUCCAGUUGGUGUUGGUGCUGAGACCUUCCAGAUUCUUUCAGAGGACAAUAGCUGAUAUCGGAAUAAAGCUCCACAAGGAUGACUUCAAAAUGAAGAUUGUUAUGCUGAACUCUCUGUCAGAUCUUCAUGGGUAUGUGGAUAAAAGUCAGCUGACCCAGGAGUUUGGAGGAAGUCUUGAGUACUCUCACAGCCAGUGGAUACACCACCGAACUGCCAUAGAAAACUUUGCCUUGACAGUGAAAACUACAGCGCAGAUGCUACAGAGGUUUGGGUCGGAGCUGGCAGAGACGGAGCUUCCCAAUGAUGUCCAGAGCACCAAAGACCUACUCGCAGAACACACUGGCAAAUACAGUAACCUAAAGGAGGAGCUGAAGCUAGCUUUAAGACAAGGCAGCACCUUAUUUACCUGCAUCAAGGACCAGACAGUUAAAUCGGAGAACCACAAACUCAAGCCUGACGAGAUGGAGAACCAGACAACCGUGGAAAGACUCCUGGCCCAGCUCGAUGAGACAGAGAAUGCUUUCGAACAGUUCUGGUGUAAGCAUCAUCUGAAGCUGGAGCAGUGCCUGCAGCUGCGCCAUUUUGAACAGGAUUUCAGAGAAGUUAAAGUGACUCUGGACACACGGAUGGACUCUCUUAAAGGCCUUUCUGAUGCUGGAGAUUGUGUGGCCAGAGUGGAACAUCUGCUAAUGGAGCUCAAAACACUUGAGGAAAAGGUUCAGCCCACACUAGAAAAGGCCCAACUCCAUGCCAUGCAUGGUGACCAACUCAUCCAAAGUAACCACUAUGCUGUGGACUCCAUCCGGCCGAAGUGUGUGGAGCUCCGGCGGGUCUGCGAUGAUUUCAGCAAUGAAGCCAAGAAAAAGUCUGAUGUCUUGUCUAAGUCUUUGCAUGUACACAUGGGCAUUGAGAAGGUUAACCAGUGGUGUGAGUCUGGCAUCUACCUACUGGCUUCCCAAGCUGUGGAUAAGUGCCAGUCACAGGAAGGGGCAGAAUCAGCUUUAACAGACAUUGAAAACUUCUUGGAGUCAGCAGAAAAGAACCACGUGACAGAACUGAGGAACCUCCACAACCAGUAUGAGGUUAUCCUGUCAGAGGAUGUAAAGGGUAGUGUCCUGAAGGCACUCAAACGACUGGAGGAUGUUCAAGAGAUGUUUGAGAAGCGACGUGUUAGCCUGAAGAGGCUGUCAGCCAAACAGACCAGACCCAUUCAGCCGGUGGCCCCACGGCCUGAGUCGUCUCCUAAACGCCCCGCACCAAAGAACGCUGCCAGGACUCCUGGGGGCCAGCAGCCCUUGGCUAGAAAGCUCUCUGAUAACUCAAUCAGUGGCAAGCAACCAGCUGAAGCAGAUCCUAAUAAGAAGAAGAACAUCCGCAAGACCAAGAGCAUCAAGAUUGAGGUGAUGCAUGAGGAAAGCCAGGGAGGCUCCACCCAUGUUGCUGUAUCAAACGAGAGUGAGGAGUGUCUGUCCAAUAGACGCAGACAUAUCAUAACGGAGCUGAUUGAAUCAGAAAGAAUUUAUGUGGAGGAAUUACAGAGCAUCAUGGAGGGCUAUAUUGCUGAGCUGAAUAACUCAGAGAUCUGUCACCUCAUCCCCCCCACGUUAGAGAAUAAGCAAGACGUACUGUUUGGCAACCUGCCAGAAAUAUAUGAUUUUCACAACAAAACAUUCCUCAUGGAGCUGGAGAACUGUGCAGUGAAUCCAGAACUGAUUGGGACCUGUUUUCUGAAGAGGGUGAGUAGAUGAACAGAUUCAAACACUACAGUGA